AUCGAAAAUAAAUUUCAUUCUUCUUCUUUUUUUUUUUAUAACGCAUAAUAAAAAAAACACGUAUAUAUACCCUCUACUUUUUUUUUAUAUAUAUAUCCUCUUUUAUUAUAUAUCAUCUCAAUCAUGUCUGAUAAAAAACAAUUAACUCACAUGUCGCAAUUCUCUAUUAUCCGUGAACCUGGAGAACAGAAAUUACACGACAAAAGCAUCCCUAAAAAACAACCUCCUCAACACCAAAAGACUUCCGAACUCAAGUUCAAAAUUGAACCUAUUGGUAUCCAACCUGAAGACGAUGACGAUCUCGAAACGUGUCCUUCCAGAACAAGAUCCUCUUGGCCUCAUCAAAUCAUUCCUUGGUGGAAGCCAGCAGAUCGCUUUGAAAAACCACCUUAUUCUUAUGCAACUCUCAUCGCUCAUGCUAUUUUGGCCAGUAAAGAUGGCCGCUUGACUCUCAGUGACAUUUAUAAAUGGAUUUCGGAGGCUUAUCCUUACUACAAGCGUGGUCAAAAGGGUUGGCAGAAUUCUAUUCGUCAUAAUUUGUCAUUAAACAAGAAAUGGUUUGUCAAAUUUGAUCGUCGUCCUACCCAAGCCCAUCCCGGUAAAGGUGGUUACUGGACCCUUCAAGUCAAUAUGGAAAAGAUCUUUGUUGAUAAUCUCUCCCAAGCCGGUGGUCACAGUAGAAGACAUCAUGAUAUGGGCAUGUAUUCCUCUCUUUCUAAUCAAUACUACCGUUCUCCUUCUGAUGAUUGUGAUGAGUCCUUUGAAGAAGAUGCUCAUCUCAAUGCGAUGUGUCCCAAUAUCUUGAUUACUGUACCUGCUGAUUAUGAGGCUAAAAAGACCAAGACUCCUGCACAAGCUGUUGUUUCUGCUCCUCGUAUUCGUAACAUGACAUCUCAAGAAAAGAAGAACAUGUCUACGCCUAACCAUGUUGUGACACCCAAGACAGAUCCCAAAAACUUCAUCAUUCGAUUUAAUCCUUCUUCAGACUUGAAGCGUCGGAAGACAGCCGAUAGUCCUCCUAGACCCGCUCCUAAGCCCGGUAAAAAGCGUAAUCCUGUUGAGCCUGGUUCUUCUACUGCGGAAGAUGACCGAGAAGAUAGUGGAGUGGAGCUUGAUAUGGAUGAACACCUUUCCAAAAAGAGAAAGUCUGCCACUGUUGACACCACCGCCAGUAGUAUUACUGCGUCACCCGAUUUUCCUAAUAUGAACAUGAUGGAUCAAACUAUGGUUAGACCAGAAGAUGUGAUCGGCACCAUGAACUUCAACCAGGAUUACAUGUUUGGUGAACCUGAGCCUUCCAUGUUACUCACUCAAGAAUAUACUCAUUUCUACGAUGCUGAAACACAAAACCUCUUGAAUGGUCUCCAAAGCUGUACUUAUCCUGUCUUGGAAGAACAACAAGAACAACAACAUCCAGAUAUGAAGACAAUUGAUCUCCAGUUCAAUGCCUUUGACAAGACAAUUCAUUACCCUGACUUGUUUGAUAUCGAACAAUUCUCUGACAUCAAUCAUCAAAUGUUUAUGCCUGAACUCAGCACAUAUAACAUGGAACAGUACAUUGAUAUGAGCAUCAUGGAAGAUACAAAGCCUUCUGAUUUAUUACUAGAGGAUGAAUCUACCACUCUAAACAGCUUUUGGAAUGAUUCAGGCUCUUGUUAUAUGAAUUUCGACCUCAAUAACACUAUGCCUUUUGUUGUUCAAGACAAUUAACCAAGAAAAAAAACACACACACACACACACAUACACUUUUUUUUAUAUAUAUAUAUCUUUUAUGUCUGUACAUCAAAACUCUAUACCAACUAUACCUCAUACUAUUUUUUUUCUCUCUUUAUUAUUACUGUAUAUUUUUUCUAUUUAUCUAAACCCCCCUUUUUUACAUCUUUUUUUUUUAAUAAAUCCUAUGCAUUCAUCAUCUAA